GAUAACUAUUGAAAUAGCCCCUGCUACCGAAAAUACCGAUGCAUUGAUAAGUGCAAUGGAAAAUAUUGUGGAAUCUGGUCAGUCGUUUGACAUUCCUGUUGGCUUCUUCCCAAUAACUGUAACAACCAUUCCAGGGUCUUUCGAAGUAAUAUAUCCAGACAAUAUUGAUACCACGACAUCUACAAUAACUGAGGCAGUUUCGAUAACAAUCACAGCCCCUGAAGCGACAUCUUUGCCAACAACCAAGCCCACAACUAUGGUGACCUCUACCGAAAAUAGGGUUUCUUCAGAGGCAUCUUCGAGACAGACGACAUUCUCUGAAACGAAUUCUAAUAUUAAAGUAAGCUUUGCAGUAAGUCUCCCGUAUUCAAAUGUGGACAUACUUGGAGAAGAUCUGUUGACAGGCACAAUACGAACUGUGAUGCCAAACAUAUUUCCAGGGCUUCAACCUGAAGAUAUCAAUGAUGUGUAUGUUUUUUCGGCAAAUGGAGACUUAGGGAUAACUAUUGAAAUAGCCCCUGCUACCGAAAAUACCGAUGCAUUGAUAAGUGCAAUGGAAAAUAUUGUGGAAUCUGGUCAGUCGUUUGACAUUCCUGUUGGCUUCUUCCCAAUAACUGUAACAACCAUUCCAGGGUCUUUCGAAGUAAUAUAUCCAGACAAUAUUGAUACCACGACAUCUACAAUAACUGAGACAGCUUCGAUAUCAAUCACAGCCCCUGAAACGACAUCUUUGGCAACAACUAAGCCCACAACUAUAGUGACCUCUAUCGAAAAUAAGGUUUAUUCAGAGGCAUCUACGAGACAGACGACAUUCUCUGAAACGAAUUCUAAUAUCAAAGCAAGCUUUGCAGUAAACCAACCGUAUUCAUAUGUGGACAUAAUUGGGGAAGGUGUGUUGAUAAGCACAAUACGGACGGUGAUGCCGAGCUUAAUAACUGGACUUCAAAUUGAGGAUAUCAAAGAUGUGUCAGUUCAUUCAACAAACGGAAACAUUGGGACAACUAUAGAAAUAGAUCCUGCAACAGAUAACAUUGACGAAGUGCUUCAAUCAAUAGAAACGUUUGUGGAUACUUCUCAAUCUUUUGACAUUCCUCUAGGCUUCUUUACAAUAACUGUAGAAGCCAUUCCGGGAUCUUUUAAAGUAGUAUACCCGGACACUUAUGGUAUUACCCCUUCCAUGAUAACUUCAAAGUCAUCAGCCUAUCAAACCUUUCGAAAAUCCGAACCAACAUCGUCGUCCUUUGCCGCAACUUCUACGACCCCAACUGUGACAAGUCCUACUGAGGCAGCAUCCGUUCAAACUUCACUUCCUGAAACAACAUCCAUGGCAACAGGUAGUGCAACAGGUGCUGUGAUAUCUACUGAAACUAUUUCUACAGAAUCAUUUGUACUUCAAACGACGUGGGCUGAAACAAGUCCUAUUAUUAAAGCUUUAACCACUAAAGUUGCUUCCACUUUUGAUAUUGAUACAACAUCUUCUUUAAUUACGUCUCCGUCAACCGAUGAAACGAGUAAGUCGAAAUUUAAUGAAACCACUGACAAGAAACCGACUUUUUUCACACCAAUUAUGACUCAAAUUGUGACAAGUGCUACUGAGCCAAGUUCCAUUCCAACCACCACACUCUCUGAAAUGACAUCCGAGGGAACAGUUAGAACCACAACUUCUGUUACUUUCACUGACAAUACUCCCACACAGUCAGCUUCAUCACUAAAGAUGUACAGUGAAACGAGUUCUAUUACUGAAACAAGUCCUAUUAUUAAAGAUAUUGAUACAACAUCUUCUUUAAUUACGUCUCCGCCAACCGAUGAAACGAGUAAGUCGAAAUUUACUGAAACCACUGUCAAGAAACCGACUUUUUUCACAUCAAUUAUGACUCAAAUUGUGACAAGUGCUACUGAGCGAAGUUCCAUUCCAACCACCACACUCUCUGAAAUGACAUCCGAGGGAACAGUUAGAACCACAACUUCUGUUACUUUCACUGACAAUACUCCCACACAGUCAGCUUCAUCACAAAAGAUGUACAGUGAAACGAGUUCUAUUACUGAAACAAGUCCUAUUAUUAAAGCCUUAACCACUAAAGUCGCGUCGACUUUGGAAAUUGAUACUACCUCUUCGUUGAUAACUUCGAAGACUUCUACGUCUACCGACGGACGUUUCAGUGGGUCCGCAUUAACUGAAACGACUUUCAAUGAGCUGUCUAUUGCAACAUCUAUGUCACCAACUGUGGCAAGUCCUGAGACAAGUGUCAUUCCGACCUCAAUUCUUGAAACGACUUCCAUGGCAAAAGCUAAUUCCACAACUACUGUGACCUCUAAAAGAAAUACUCCUACAGAAUCAGUGUCAUUUCAAACAACGUACACCGAAACGAAUUCUAAUGGCUGUGCACAAGUAGUCAACCUUCCGGAUAUAUAUCACGGAGUGACAGUUGGCCUUUCAAUUUUGCUUUACAUUUUCUUUUAAAAUUGAAACUUUCAUGGUAAAAAAAACACACACCAACAUUUACCUUUUCAUUUAUAUUUAAGUAAAAUUAAGUUUUUAUAACCGCUACUGUACAUAUUACUUACGUACACUUUUAAUAAGAAGUGUAUUGAUAUUGACUUGCUCUUGAAAUUUUGAUAUUUGUCCCUUUUUAACUGUUUUCAUGUGUUAAACCCUGUAAAUAUUAUUUGUAUUUUUUCAAUUGAUUGGGGGUAUAAUUGGUGUGAUUAGAGUUAAAGCCACUUCAAAGAAUCUAGUACUUUACUAACUGAUGAAGAAGAGAAUAUGUAGAUAUUUUAUACAACAAGAAUUACGAAGAAAUUUGCCUAAAGGACUUCAUUCUUUGAAUUUUAAGUGACUUUAGAUAUUGUAUUAUUCAACAAUUGUUAUGAAAGUCACACCAAAACAUUUUUGUUUAAAGCAAGGAAUCGCAUCUUAAGUGACAUAUGAUCAAAUAUAUUUAGAAAUAUUCUUGGAACCAUCAUAACACAUUGGAAUAUAUUGAAUUUUAAACACAGGUGAAACGAGCUUACUUAAGAAAUAAGAAAGGCUUUGGCUUGAAAAAUUUAGACUUGUGAUCAAACAGAAUUUAACGUAUUUUUAAUUCUGCGUUGCCUGGAUACUAAAUGUAACUCUAGAUAUUAUUGAACAAAUCAUAUAUUUGUGAGUCACACUUUGUUUACUUUUAAGUAUGUCUUUUCUUCUGCUUUAUUGUCUUUUUAGCCGUUUACAGUGACAUACAGAAAUAAAUUCGUUUCUGUUUAAUGUUUUAUGCU